GAUCUUAGUUUGUUUCACUUUGAAAGCCCUUGGACACGCACCGCAUCUCAUGUGGCGCGCAGUAAUCCUCUUACAACUAUUAACACACCAGAUGCAGAGGAUGCCAAUCAAUAGACCAUGCGGCGUGGAGAAAUUUAAUGGCAGUCUUGUGUUUACUGUAUGCUGCACGAGUUCAACUGUAGUUUACCUGAAUUAUUAUUUCUCAAAAUGUAUAUGACUUACUGACAGAAACGGACAGUCAGGUGCGUGCUGGUUCUAUCAACUUUGGGAAGGGAACCAACAUAUGGGAUAUCAAGGUGCAGAGACCCAGGCGGCUCUGGCAUUAUUUAAGCGUUAUUCCCCGUGGAUUAAGCCAGUUAUUCGACGGCAAAAUGCUUCCACAAGAUAUAAGAGUGCAGAAACCCCGUCGGAUCUCGGAUUCGGCUCCACCGGUACCACCACGGCGUGGCAAGAACAGAGACUCUCCUCUUUCAACGCGUGGGUGGUCGGGCUCCGUACCUGGGCGGAACGUGAACUGCGUCCUCGUCGGAGAUGGAGCAGUGGGGAAGACAAGUCUUAUCGUUAGCUACACCACAAAUGGUUAUCCGACAGAAUACAUUCCAACAGCUUUCGAUAACUUUGCAGCUAUGGUUGUGGUGGACGGGAAACCUGUGAGACUGCAACUCUGUGAUAUGGCAGGCCAGAAAUGGGGGAUGGAGGAUGACACUAUUAAUGACGAGCUGGACCGGAUCCGCCCUCUAUGCUACCACAAUGCCGAUGUCUUCCUGCUCUGCUACAGCGUGGUGCGCCCCUCCUCCUUCCGCAAUGCCACCGACCGCUGGGCGCCCGAGAUCCGCCAUCACUGCCCCGGGGCACCCAUGGUCCUGGUGGGGACCCAGCUGGACCUGAGGGAAGACGUCCAGGUGCUGGUCCAGCUGGCCAGGAAUCGGGAGCGGCCCGUGGGCACCGAGGAGGCCCAGCAGCUGGCGAAGGAUAUUGGGGCUGUGUCCUUCGUAGAGUGCUCGGGUCUGACCCAGAAGAACCUGAAGGAGGUGUUUGACCAGGCCAUCUUGGCCAGCAUCCAGCAAGCGGAGAACGUUCAGCAGCUCCAGCAGAGGCAGAGCCUGAGGAAGAAGACCCCGGAUAAGAUCAAGAGUCUCUCUGAGACUUGGUGGAAGAAGCUGAGCUGUGUUGUUGUGGCAGGAGAGUGUGUGGGAGGAGAGUUUGUUUGAACCCCGAAGCAGCUGUUUAGGAUUUGACAUUUUUCUAAGCUUGUGUUUAGUCUUUAGUUUAUUUCACUCCAUAUAUAAUAUCACUCAGGAAAACAGACCUGGAUCAAUAACAUGUUGGAAAAUGUACAU